AUGAAUUUUGAUGCUGUUGCAGAUCAGCAGAUGGCUGACAGAAGGUAUUUUGCUCUCGAAGUAGCAGAGAGUGAUGAUGCCGAUAGCUCAUUGAACUCUUCAUCCAUGGGAAGCCCCGCAGUGGAUGCAGGAAGAAAGGUUUACAAAAUUGCUUCGUAUAAGAAUUCGGUAGAAGAUGAGAGUCAAUCUUUGUUCACUUCUUCGGAUUCUCCAACAUCAAAAACAAGGCCUGCAGUUAAAACCAUCGAAAACGAUGAUAACUAUGGUAAAAGAUCUUCUACAGGUUCAUCACUCAAGCAACUCUUCAACAAAAUUGAUAUCAAUGAUACUACCCACUCUUCAAAUAAAGAAAAUGUAUCUCAGUCGCCGCUAUCGGAAAGUAGACUACUCUCUCCUUCUAAAAGGUUGUCGAAGCAAGGUUAUACAAAGUUAACAAAUUCCAAGUUUCGUACACCUUUGAGGCCCAUUUCAAACCAAUCAACUUUGUCAAGAGAUGGAGCGGUUAAAGAUUUUGGUUCACUUAAGUUUCGGAGUGGUGGUGACUCUAAACGCUUGAGUGACAAGAGGACAAGUUCCCAUGUUCAUUCAUCCAGCGUGAACUCGGUUAAUUCCUUCACUUCUACCACCUCUUCUUCGAAGUGGAAGUUCUGGAAAAACGAUAACCUAUUGUCAAGAUCAUUAUCUUCCAGAUCUGUAGACCAAGCCCCGAACUUUGUGGAGCCAAAACCAAUCAAUCAGUUACAAAAGAAAUCUUCAAUUUCAAGUUUUCACAAUUCUAUUUUUGGUGGUAGCAAACACACAGGCAAGAAGAGGGAUUCUGGAUUUAUUAUGCCUGACCAUCAGAGCACGAAGGAAUUAAACCAUAAACAUACAUCGUCAAACCUUUCCUUUAGAAGCUUGAAGCAUAAAACGUCACAUUCUUCACUAAAUAAGCUCAAGAUAAGGCGUAAAGGAAAUACACAAGAACUGGAUCGUCAAGUUAAACAAACCUGUCAGAUAUCAUUGCCUAUUCCAGACCAAGUGUCAAAGGACAAGAUUCAGUUGAAAUUGAAAAAUUCAACAUCAUUGGCAUCCCUAUCUUCAGAAGUUACUCCUAUAAACACUUUAGACUACAAUGAUUCGAUUUUGCAACAAAUAUUGCAACUUUGUGAUGUAGAAUAUAUUUUACAUGAUUUAUGCGAAGCCCAAUCAUUAGGCUUGUUUGCGUUGGAUGCUAGGUCAAUUCAGUUGUCUUGUAAUUUUUGGCAAACUUAUCAUAGCGAUAUGCAGACUUCAGUCAUUUGCAAGAAAAUAUGCCUAGGUGCCCUAAGUGAUUUGACUACUUCAAACUUAAUAUCCCUACAUGAGUUAAAAUCACUACGUUUUUUACAAGGGACUAGUGGUGUCGCCAAUUUACUGCAAGCUUAUGUUAUGCCCUCAAAUAAAAGUAGAGAUGACCAAGACUUGAUAUUAUACUUAUUUUUCAAAGACCAUGGAACUCCUCUGUCUAGAUGCUCUAAUAUUGAUCACCGUCAAGCAUUGUCUAUUUUCUGGCAGUGCAGCAGUAUUCUAUAUGUUGCUGAAUCGAAAUUCCAGUUCGAACAUAGGAAUCUGACUUUAGACCAUAUUUUGAUAGAUUCCAAGGGGAAUGUUACUUUGAUUGAUCUGAAGUGCUGUCGUUUCUUAAGUAUGGACAUCAAUAAAUCUUUCUAUACAAGAUUAGACCACCAUUAUUUCUUUCAAGGGAGAGGAACCUUACAGUUCGAGAUAUAUGAACUGAUGAGGAGUUUGCUGCCUCAACCGGUAUCCUGGGGUACAUUUGAACCAAGAACAAAUUUAUUAUGGUUAUAUUACCUAAGCACCAGCUUGCUAACAAUGACCAAAAAGACCGUGCGUACGGGCACUCUUAAUCAGGAAGAAAGUAUCUUGAUCAAGUUGACGCACUUACUCGAUCCUGCUCGUAAACAAUUCAAGACAAUUUUCAAAAAGGAACUGUCCAUAAGAACUUGCGGUGAUUUGCUAUCUUUAAAACAAGAAAUAAUGCAGUAA